AUGGAGUAUGAGGUAGACACUCAGGACGGGACUGAAGUGGAGGAGCAGUUGCAGCGCUUUCAGCAGGCAGUGCAUGAUCUGCGUGAUGCGUUACAGCAGCUAACGGCGAGUCCGCCGAGAAGCGCUUACGACAGACAGCAGGCGACUACGCGUAUCCACCGACUCCAGCAAGAGGCCAGCGUGUGCAGUCGCUCUGUGGCGCUAGAACUGCGCUGCUCGUCUUCCCUGCUUACUCCCGAGUCGAUCUCUCGGUUGGUGCGGCGUCAGCGGUCUCUCCAGGAGCAGUUUGCGUCUAUCAGCGAGGAAUGCGAAACGCAGUUGCUGGCUGUCAGCAAGGAGCAGCUGCUGGAGCGCGUGAGUCGCGGCCAAGAGCCGCCGCAGGAGACGCCAGAUCUUUCAGCGCAGCAACAGAGGCAGCAGCUCGUCAUGCUCGGCGAUGAAGUGCAGGAUCAAACGCAAAUAAGUCUUGCCCGCACGCAGCAGUUGGUCGCAGAGACUGAGGACAUGGGAGGCGCUAUUUUGCACAAGAUGCAACAGCAGAACGAGCAGCUAGAAGGGGUAAAAGACCGUCUAGACGAUGUGCAGUUCAACUUGGCACAAGCCAAAAAGACGGCGCAGACAAUCGCGAAAAACGCAGCCAGCGACAGAUGCAUGCAGUGCCUCUGUUGCUGCGUGACGCUCCUCCUCAUCGCCUCAGUCGUCCUCAUCGCGCUCCCUGGCAAGUGA